AUGAAUGAAAUGCUAUUAGCUACUGUAAGAUUUUUAAAUAAUGACACUAAGCUUGUUAUGACAUCUCGACAGUUGUAUAAAUAUUUAUUACGUCAAUGUGAAAGAUUGCCGUCUGACGCAUGUAAACAUUAUAAAUUUUCUAUAAAACAGAGUUAUAAGCAGCACAUAUCUGAAAGUGAUCCUGAACGAAUAAAGGAAAUAAUAGCAAAAAGCAUUGACAAUGCCAAAUGGAUUGUGAAGAAGUAUAAUCAAAAAUAA